GUUUAAAAUAUUUGAAUCAGUUGCGAAUCGGCUUCCCGAGCGUGUGGUUUUUGAGCUCUCAAAUAAUUUAAUUAACACAUAGAAAUGGCCAAGGAUAAUCUGACAGCAGUGCUGCACGGCAUUGAGGACCUGCGAUUGGAGCAAGUUCCUAUCCCAGAGAUUGCCGAUAACGAGGUUCUCCUGGCUAUGGAUAGUGUCGGCAUUUGCGGCUCUGAUGUACACUACCUUGCACACGGACGAAUUGGCGACUUUGUGCUCACUAAGCCCAUGAUUAUUGGCCACGAGUCCGCCGGAGUGGUGGCUAAGCUGGGCAAGAAGGUGACCACACUGAAGGUUGGCGACCGCGUGGCCAUCGAGCCGGGAGUACCCUGCCGUACAUGCGACCAGUGCAAGCUGGGCAAGUACAACCUGUGCCCCGGAAUGGUCUUCUGUGCCACGCCCCCCUACGACGGCAACCUCACCCGCUACUACAAGCACGCGGCGGACUUCUGCUUCAAGCUGCCCGACCACGUCACCAUGGAGGAGGGCGCCUUGCUCGAGCCUCUGUCCGUGGGCGUGCAUGCUUGCAAGCGGGCGGAGGUCACCCUGGGCUCCAAAGUUCUCAUCCUGGGAGCUGGACCCAUCGGCCUGGUCACUCUGAUGGCUGCUCAAGCCAUGGGAGCAUCGGAGAUCCUGAUUACGGAUCUAGUGCAGCAACGCCUCGACGUAGCUAAAGAACUAGGUGCAACUCACACGCUCCUCCUGAAGCGGGAACAGACCGCCGAGGAGACGGCGGUGCUCGUCCAAAAAACAAUGGGCUGUCAGCCGGACAAGUCCAUUGACUGCUGUGGAGCAGAGAGCAGUGCCCGCCUGGCCAUCUUUGCAACUCGCUCUGGUGGUAUUGUGGUGGUGGUGGGCAUGGGAGCAGCUGAGGUCAAGUUGCCUCUUAUCAAUGCCCUGGCCCGGGAAGUGGACAUCCGCGGCGUGUUCCGCUACUGCAAUGACUAUGCCGCCGCCCUGGCCUUUGUCGCCUCCGGAAAGGUGAAUGUUAAGCGCCUGGUGACCCACCACUUCGACAUCAAGGAUACGGCAAAGGCGUUUGAAACGUCGCGAAAGGGACUGGGUGGCGCCAUUAAGGUCAUGAUCCACGUGCAGCCCAGAGACACCAACAAUCCUCGCAAAUUCUAAUCACUUGUAUAAGCCGAUAAAAAUAUAGUAUAUAGAACACAGUA